AAUGGUGGCUACCACCCCUUUCUUUAUAAUUUCACUAUUAAUUCCUGCAAGUUUUUGGAAAAACCCAAAAAUUCGUUAAAGAAAUAUUUUUAUGAUCUUUUUGCAUCAUAUUCCAACAUAAAUCACUCUUGCCCCUAUGACCAUGAUGUGCUGGUUAAUGAACUACCCAUGUCAUUUCUCAAUUCAAAAGUCACGGGAUACUUACCAUUCACCAAGGGCGACUACGUUCUGAAGACGAGCUGGCUGGCCUACGGAAUAAAUCGAGCAGAUGUAACAGUAUAUUUUUCAAUUGUUUAG